AUGCCGGCAUUACGAACGAUCGGGACUCAGAAAACCAAACAUGAGCCUGUCCUCCUCAACAUUGGACUGGCAGUCAUCCGUAGUAUAAAGAAAGGUCUAGACGCGAUCAGUGAUCCCGAAAGAAAAUACUGCCGUCCAGCACUUGCAAAGUCUCUGGACUGGCCCGAGCUCCCAGGCAGCUACCCAAAUCUUCGUGCCGCCUGGAUAACAAAGAAAUACGCUGCACGCUGGUUGAAGGUUGUUGAAUUGCAGCGAGAAUUAAGACACAAGGCAGAUGAAUUUUCCAGACGCAAAGACAAAUUACAAAAGUGGUUCGAGAGAUGGCAGGACAAAUUAGAUAGAGUGAGGCUACGUCGGAAAGCACAUCUUCGGCAUAAGGCGCCCAUGAGCGGGUACUCGUGUUGUGACGAUGAUUCAAUGGACGCAUAUCUUUUGAAGAGUUGCUUGAAAGACCCUGCAAACCCCAAAACGGUUAAAUCGGUAUCUAUUAGCCCAAUAGUCGAUGAAUAUAUUUACGAAGAUGAACAUGACAUAAACUAUAUUGUCAUUGCGGGGGAUGAUGCUGGAGAAUACGAUUCUACUGCUGAAGCAAUAGCCGAGUUAUAUCGAAAGACGUAUGAAUAUUAUUGCGAAUUUGUAGCUUCGAGUCCCGUCUUUUAUCAAGCUAUGGAGCAGAUUUGCUUUGGAUAUCAUAAAGAUAAUCUGACGCUGCUCAAGCUUAUAUAA